UAAUUAGCCGCUGUUCUUGUGUUUUGCCUCCCCUUAUAAAAUUAUCUCUUUCGCUCCCAACAACCCCAAAAAAGAAAAUCUGUAUCGUAUCUCGUCCGGAAACAAAGCUAAUAACCAAGAUGCCUGCCGAUAGCUCAUCAGUUUCCGGCCACGACCAAACUAUUUGUGUCACUGGAGCUGGAGGCUUCAUUGCUUCUUGGAUGGUGAAGCUAUUCCUCGAAAGAGGCUACACUGUUAGAGGAACCUUGAGAAACCCACAUGACCCAAAGAAUGCUCAUUUGAGAGAGCUUGAAGGAGCUGCAGAAAGACUAACUUUGUGCAGAGCUGAUCUCCUUGAUUAUGAGAGCCUCAAAGAAGCCAUUAACGGCUGUGAUGGAGUUUUUCACACAGCAUCACCUAUCACGGAUGAUCCACCUAAUAUGUAUGUACAGGAACAAAUGGUGGAGCCCGCGGUGAACGGAACCAAGAAUGUGAUUCAGGUAGCGGCGGAAGCCAAGGUGAAACGGGUGGUUUUCACGUCGUCAAUCGGUGCGGUGUACAUGGACCCCACCAGGGGUCCUGAUGUGGUUGUUGAUGAGUCUUGUUGGAGUGAUCUUGAAUUUUGCAAGAACACCAAGAAUUGGUACUGCUAUGGGAAAGCAGUGGCAGAGCAGGCAGCAUGGGUUGAGGCCAAAGAGAAAGGGGUGGACUUGGUGGUGGUGAAUCCAGUGCUGGUGCUCGGACCACUUCUGCAAUCAACUGUCAACGCUAGCACCAUGCACAUCCUCAAGUACUUGACGGGCUCAACCCAGACAUAUGCUAAUUCAGUUCAAGGCUACGUGCAUGUUAGGGACGUCGCACUGGCUCACAUUCUGGUCUAUGAGACACCCUCUGCCUCUGGCAGAUAUAUUUGUGCUGAGAGUGUGCUCCACCGUGGCGACGUGGUGGAAAUCCUGGCCAAAUUCUUCCCGAAAUACCCUAUUCCCAACAAGUGUAAAGAUAAUGGGAAAUCCAGAGCAGAAUCAUACAAGUUCACAAACCAGAAGCUACGAGACUUAGGGUUGGAGUUCACCCCAGUCAAACAUACCCUGUAUGAAACUGUCAAGAGCUUGCAGGAGAAGGGCCACCUUCCAGUCCCUACAAAACAAGAACAAGAUUCCAUUAAAAUUCAAUCUUACUUAUAAUUGUAUAAA